AUGAGAUUUGCGAUAAACCCCACUGAGUUUGACACAUUCAAGGAAGUGACGUCAUGGUACAGCAUUGGUAGAGAAAACACCUUUUACUCAGGCCGUUGCGAUUCUACUCAUAAAUACACUGGCUACGCCGUACCGGUGACUGUCACAGUUAGGCCUUAUCAGUACUUCAGUGCUCCACCGUUCCGCUGUCACAGUUCUCUAGGUACAUCCACCGUUCCGCUGUCACAGUUCUCCAGGUACAGCCACCGCUCCACCGUUCCGCUGUCACAGUUCUCCAGAUAUAUCCACCGUUCCGCUGUCACAGUUCUCCAGGUACAGCCACCGUUCCGCUGUCACAGUUCUCCAGAUAUAUCCACCGUUCCGCUGUCACAGUUCUCCAGGUACAGCCACCGCUCCACCGUUCCGCUGUCACAGUUCUCCAGAUACAUCCACCGUUCCGCUGUCACAGUUCUCCAGGUACAGCCACCGUUCCGCUGUCACAGUUCUCCAGGUACAGCCACCGUUCCGCUGUCACAGUUAGGCCGUAUCGGUACUCCACUGCUCCACCGCUCCUCUGUCACAGUUCUCCAGGUACAGCCACCGCUCCACCGUUCCGCUGUCACAGUUCUCCAGAUACAUCCACCGUUCCGCUGUCACAGUUCUCCAGAUACAUCCACCGUUCCGCUGUCACAGUUCUCCAGGUACAGCCACCGUUCCGCUGUCACAGUUCUCCAGGUACAGCCACCGUUCCGCUGUCACAGUUCUCCAGGUACAGCCACCGCUCCACCGUUCCGCUGUCACAGUUCUCCAGGUACAGCCACCGCUCCACCGUUCCGCUGUCACAGUUCUCCAGAUACAUCCACCGUUCCGCUGUCACAGUUCUCCAGGUACAGCCACCGUUCCGCUGUCACAGUUAGGCCUUAUCGGUACUCCACUGCUCCACCGCUCCUCUGUUACAGUUGGACAGUACCGGUACUCUGCCACUGGCACAGUCAGAGCGGAGCAGUGGGGCCGCUACUCUACCCGUGUCACUAA